CACUAAUAUGUAUAAAAUAGAUAACUAAUAAGAACCUGCUGUAUAAAAAAAUGAAAUAAAAUUCAGAAAAAAAAGAUUCUAUGACUUAGAAUUCCAUUCCUGACUCUUGGGCACUUCUGAUUGCAUAUAGCUGGAGCUGGUCAAGGCCCUACAUCCUUACUAAGGAGUUGUCUUUUUGCCCUUGCUAAUUUCAUUAUCUAAGGAUCUAUCCCAUGUCAAACAGAAGUGGUGAAGGAAGUCGGUAGAGUUCAGAUGCCUCUUGAGAAGAUGCAGUGACCCGUGUUACAACUGGGAUUAUAAAAAACAAUAGCUAUAGAGACUGAAAGUUUUAAAAUAUUACACAAAUACUUAAAAAAAUGCUCUCAGGCAUAUUUAGACAUGGAACAAAAACAAAGAAGUGAGCUAUAGAGGAUAGACAUGAAGAAAGGAUAGAUUCAUUGCUAUUUGGUGACUUGUAUGGGUAUCAGGUAAGAUCCGUAUUUUGAGGAGGUUGAAUAUUUAAAAUGAAGGAAACGAAAAGUAGACCAUAUUCUUUCAUCCUAAUCCAGAAAGUAAUAUAUUUUUGAGACUUUUUUUUCAUUAGUCCACUGUUGAGAUGAUUAUUUGGAAUAACUUGUACAAGAUCUGGGAGCUGCUAUAUAAAGUGCUGUUUUUAUGUCAUAGUGUAUGCUACAUAAAAGUAUUUUUUUUCUACUUUAAGUAGUUUAUGUUACCACAUUCUUGAUCUUUUAAAUACACUUAUGAAUGUAUAGGUUAAAACCUGAAUUGUACUUGCUGUUACGUUAGAUCUGUCAACCCACUAAUUAUUUUAUAUCCCACAAAUAUCCAAAAAGGAUUAAGAUAUUAAUUACAACCUCAGUUAUAUCCAAGAGAGGUCUUUGUGGUUCUUUAUAGCUGCGGUUUAUAUAUCUUCAAAGAGAGUCUUCAGUGUCUUUGGGUUUGUAAUGGUCAUUCUGGAUUAAGAGGAGCUUGUUCAGACACUUAAGACUUUGGGCCAGUGCCGUCAAUGACCUCAUACCAUUCCGUCUUCUUUCCACUUCUAUGGAUUACCCAGCAGCAGUAACGAUGAUUCUGGCCAGCUCCUGAUACUGCCCUCCACAGUCAGGGGAAGGUCAGUUAUUUUUUGAUCCCCAUGGGAGAGAGACAGCUCCUCAAUCAGUAUCCUAAAAUAGUCAGCCAUUCUCAGCUGCUGGGCUGGAGUCCCUCCAGGGGAGAGCAAAGGCAAUACAAAUCCACCGGCUGGGUGCGAGUGCGAAGCCACCGAAACAGAAGCUAAGAGACACUUCUCAAGAAGAUUCUGCCUAUUCAAAAAUCUUUAUUCUUUUUGGUUGAGGAGCUAGGUGUUAGCUAUUUUUUAUUUUCUUAUUUUAUUUAAAGGGAAGCCAGUGAAUUGAAAAUGAGACUAAACAUUGCCAUCUUCUUUGGGGCUCUCUUUGGUGCUUUGGGGGUUUUACUCUUUUUGGUGGCUUUUGGAUCAGAUUAUUGGCUUCUUGCGACUGAAGUGGGAAAGUGUUCAGGUGAACAGAAUAUAGAAAACGUCACUUUCCACCAUGAAGGAUUCUUCUGGAGAUGUUGGUUUAAUGGGAUUGUGGAAGAGAAUGAUUCCAAUAUCUGGCAGUUCUGGUACACCAAUCAGCCACCAUUGAAGAACUGCAUGCAUGCUUACCUGUCGCCAUAUCCCUUCAUGAGAGGAGAGCACAACUCGACCUCCUAUGACUCUGCUGUUAUUUACCGUGGCUUCUGGGCGGUCCUGAUGCUUCUUGGGGUAGUUUCUGUGGUGACUGCGAGCUUUUUGAUCAUCUGCGCAGCCCCCUUCGCCAGCCAUCUUCUCUAUAAAGCCGGGGGAGGCUCCUACAUCGCCGCAGGCAUCCUGUUUUCCUUGGUGGUGAUGCUGUAUGUCAUCUGGGUCCAGGCAGUGGCUGACAUGGAAAGCUACAAAAACAUGAAAAUGAAAGACUGCUUGGAUUUCACCCCUUCUGUGCUGUACGGCUGGUCAUUUUUUCUGGCCCCAGCGGGGAUAUUUUUUUCUUUGCUAGCUGGAUUACUAUUUCUAGUAGUUGCACGGCAUAUUCAGUUACAUCACUAAUCAAACUGUUGCCACCAGUAUUUUCUUGAGAGAUUUUAAAACAGAGCAUUUUUUUUUUAAAUUCUGUCUCCGUGAUCCUAGCAUAGAAUGAGUUGAUGUAACUUUUUAGCUGCUAUGUGAAUUAUCCAUUUUACUUGGGAUCUUCUCUAAUAAGAGGGUCCUAGAAUCUCUCCAGACUCCAUCUUGCUUCCAUCUUAUCUAAGUGCUCUCAAGAAUCUAGUUUUUUAGGGAACAGGUAACAUGGGCCUUCCCUUCACUGCACUUGUUAGAGUUUGCGGGUAACAAAAGCCUGGCAGUAGCAGAAAACAGUCACCAGGGGCAAAUCAUGAUUUGAGUUAAGCGUCCUCCUUGGCAUUCACUUCUGCUGCUCUUAAAAAAAUCCUUUGGAAUCCCAUAUCUGAUAAGAGGUUAAUAUCCAGAAUAUAUUAAGAACUCCUACAGCUUAACAACAGUAACAGCAACAACAACAAAGCAAAUACCAGAUUUAAAAAGGGGCGAAGGACCCGAGCGGAUGUUUCUCCAAAGAUGAUGCGCAAAUGGCCAAAAAAAAAAGUCCUUUGGAGAUUACUUAAGAACAACAAACACAUGUUGUCAGAGAAUUUACUCCAUUUCUUCUCCACACACAUAAAUAUCCACAUACACAUGUACUGACACCUGUGAGCAGAUUAUUCAUUAUUUAAAAAUAGACAGCAGUUGUUCUCGUAGCAGGGGCUGCGUGAACUCACCAGUUACAACGGGUCACAACAAAAACAACAUGUACUUAUUCCACUUUCUUAUGAAAAACAAGUUUGGUUAUGUAACGUAUUCACUUAAUUGUGCAUGCUUACAUAAAUCUUAAACUAUAUUUAAAAGAAGCAAAUGUGUACACCAAAUCACAUACAAUGAAGAUUGGAUUUUUAUGAACUUAAAGUGGGUUAAUUGUAUAUGUAAUAUGGUUGAAAACAUGUAAAAACCAAGCGCCUUCACUUUGUACAUAAUUCUAUCCGAUAUUUUUAGAUUUCAUUUAAAAAUUAUAUUGCUAAUAUGUUCAGCAUGUGAAAAUUUAUUGAUGAAAUGUGCUUUUAAUAUGCACUCAACUCUAAACUUUCGAAAUACUUCCAGAUGAGGGUGAUAACAGCCUGCUUUAUUAAAGACCAUGAAAUGUGAACUUUUCCCAAGAUCUUAUGGGUUAUAGUUCUGAUCAUUUGAUUCCCUUAACGGUCGUCUCUCCCUGUCUUCAGCUUUACGGCAGGUAUGUUAACAUUUACAGAUCUGCUAUUUCCUUUAACCUCUUGGAAGAUAACGUUUUGGGGAUGGUUGUGGGAAUUAUUCUUUAUUAUUCACUAGAGUAGACAUUUUGCAUAUCAAAGAUUUUUGUUUGGCACUAAUUUUGAUUGAAAUCAAAUCCAUCUGAGAAGCCUAGGUCGUAUUUGCAUUUUGGAAGCCUCCUGACAGAGGAGUUCCCUGUUAGUGAAGGAACAGAGGCCCUGCGUGGUGUGCGGACUGUGUUUCAGGCACAGCAUUUUACUCUGCAGCUGUUUGAAUACCGAGGGCCUGACUCGGAGGCACAUUAAAGGAUGACCACGUAGAAGCCGCUGUAGGAUAGAGGCGUGUGGCUUUCACUCCGGGCUCCCAUGAUGGGGAGAUUGCCUGAAUCUUCUCUGCACAUCUUGUACUUUCCAUUAAACCUUGUUUCAGUGAGAGGGCGCUCUGGGGGAAGAGCGAAGAUCUGAGGUAUCUGCAGAUCACCAGGGCAUUUUAGCGGUUAGUGACAGGGCUUGCGUGUUUAAAAAAAAAAAGACUUCAGGACCUUAACUGGUCUCUCAAGCCGUUUCAGUUUUAUCAUAAACGUUUUCCUGGUCCUUUCCUUUGUCUUUUUCUGUUUCAUUUUUAUAUUGCUUCGUUUAUUUCUUUGCUUUUGGCUUGAUUAUUACAAAAAUAAUUAUGGGUUCUGUUAUUCACAUUGACUGUGAUAUUAAGUUGUGGCAUGCUAUUAAGUUUUCCAGACGAUGCUAGAUGUAUUUGCUUAGUUCAUGUCAUCUGUAAAUACAAUUCCUUUUUGUAGAACUUUGGAAUGGAGCCUUUUUCUAUGUAUUAUACAUCAUUUAAAUUCCACAUGCAAGCUGCUUUUAGUAAAGGUUUGAAUAUUUGUAGUUUUCAGAUGGUUACUCUUACUUUCUAAUACUUACGCGACUACCGUUUAUCUUAAGGCAAUUGGCUGAAUAUCUGAUGUACGUGACACUUUCACACAGAUCAACACUUUGGAAGUGUUUCAUAGGUGUAAUGCAUCGGUCACACGAGUUCAAACACAUUUCCUGACCUAUUUCACCAGCAAUCCAUGGAAGAAAGGAAGGUGAAUUGUAUUUGCUGUGUCAAUGAGUAAAAUAUACUUUAAAAAAGCAGAUAUGUUCUCGUCACAGCCUUCUAUCUCAUUUGGGGUAAUAUGUUUCCUUUUAUUUCUCUAUUUGGCGUAUUGAUUUAUUUUCAGAAGCUUUCAGAUGAAGUGUUAAAAAUCUUUUUAAGAGGAUUGAUUUUGCAUCAUAAAGUUUCAGUUCAACAAAUAAGAUAUCUUUUUGGUGACACUUCUAGAAAGAGUGAGGAGAGAGGGCAGUGCGUUAUGUGCUUGGACUUUGGUGAAGGCUGUGAUCUCUCCACACUGUGUUUGCCCAGGGAGUGUAGUUCAGUCAUGUGGCAGGGAGCACAGGAAGCUGGCUAGAAAAACCCUCCAGAGACAAUGAAUGAAGAUGUUCCAUUUGGGGUUGAGUGUAGGACUUUAAAUAAUACUGUUAGGUGUGCUCUUACUGGUCACUGGCUGCUUUUAUGACUAAUCUAUGAAAUGUAUUUACUGAAUUUGAAGAUUAAAUCCACUUAUAAGAGUAUAUUUAUAUGAUG